CCUUUGGGCAGUGUUGGAGGUUGUAUAGUAGAAUUUAGGUUUCAAAAUCACAACAUCCCAUUUUUAAUUUUUCUCCUAUAAGUUGGACAAAUCUGUACACAGCACCUUCGUUCCCCAGAGCUCUCAGCUGACAUGAGCUAUUCCUGGCACUCACUGUGGUAAGAGAUGACCACAUCAUUCAUUUACUCCCUAUGUUUUCCAAGAACCAGUCCAACUAAAGAUACCAUGCUCCAUUCCUUAAGCAAAGAAGUUAUAAGGGACCUCCAGCUUUAAGUACAGCAGUGCCAGUCCUCCUAAACAUCGGCCAUAGAGUGCAGACAAUGCCUUCUGUUCUGCUUGUGAGGAGAGUGCAAGUUAUACUUCUUGAUGGCACAACCAAGCAACAUUUCAGCAAUUCCAGGGCCAGAAUGUUACGGAACAACUCUGGGAAACAAAGCCAAAUGUUAUAGUUAUUGCACAAGGCAAAUCCCUGACGGAGGGUCAUGCUAGUUCAGUGAAGACAUUCUUUGCAGAUACUGACUUAGGCACUUAGCACUGUCAGCAUGUACUGUAACAUUAGUUACUGGGUGCAUCCUUGCAAUCUGAAAUUAGAUCCAGAGCAGCAGAUGGUACAGACUGCAACAUUCGUGGAAUGGCAUCAUGAGAACUGAGUUUUCUCCUUGCUCAGUUUUCAGUGGCCUCCUGUUGCUUCAUAUCUUCAUGCCACUUUUGCCUAUGCAGGACAGGUGGAUUUUGAGAUCCACAGAACAUCGAUAUGUCGAGAUAGGAGCAGGGUGCAUCUGUCCUGUGCUGUUGCCUGAACUCUGAUGUCAUCUUGAAGUCCUGUCACCUGCAGGAUCCCACAGACCCCUGCCAACAUGGGUGAUCUCUAAUUUUAAGAUGAAAACCCUUCAUAUUUAGGCUGUUGGUAACAGCAAUGACCAUGAAUCUAGCCUGAAUGCAAACAUUUCACUGGGAGCUUUUUUUAUCUCUGCAGAGCGUAUGUAUUAAGCUUAAUAUAAUGCUAAUAAUUUGUUGAAGGACUACGUAUAUUCCUGAGGUAAAUGGAUUCUGGAAAGUUUGCUAAAACUGGUCAUCUAGUCAGGAAAAAAAAACAAAAAACUAGCUACACUGCAAGAACUCCUUUGUCCUCUCUGUUUACAAAGCCCCAUUCAGAUAUUAUGCUGUCCACCAUUCAGUCUAAACAGUGCUAUGACCAUAAAGUUGAACAGAAAAGGCGAAAGUGCAAAAAAGUGGCAAAUUGAUCUUUUUUUUGUUCUUCCAGUAAUUUCAACAUAUCCCUUGAUAUUCAGGCAUGAAAUCAAUUGGGAGAAGCAAUUAAAACAAGCGGUAUGCAUUCCCAGCACAGCCAGGCACGUAUUCAAGCAAAAAGAACUCCAUUUUUUUUUGUUGUUGUUUUGUUUUGUUUUUUUUAAAGCAUCUUGGUUAUAUGCAAAAGGGUUUUAAUAAGAGGAAUCUACAUAUUCAUCUGCCCAUCGCCUUUUUUGCCUUCUCAGCAUCCUAAGUACAAGAAGCUGAGGAAGUGACAAAGAGAACUGAGGCAGCCAAAAUACCAUCCUCUCUCUGCUGACCUCAAAGAGCGAAGGGGAUGCGGGCACUCUUGGAGCACUACGUCUUCACAACAGCAUCUGCCUACCGAAGAAAUUUAUGGGUUACUAGAAAGCCAUAUUCCAAGUCAGGCAAAAUACUUCCACUGUGGUACUUGUGAACAAACUUGGAAGUAAAACAGCAAUAGCUUGGCCAGCCUUCAAAAAUUCCUUCUCCAAAUGGAGAGGAAUAGUGUGGCUUUCUGGCUUUAUGUCUUUGCCGUAUCUACUGUGAGAUGUAUCAGUGCUGUCAAGCAGUGCUAAUUCAUUCCCUUUGUGAGAUCAUUUCUCCAAGAAAAUGAAGUAAGACAAAGAAGAGUAACAAGCACAACCUGUGUUGUCAAACUCCUGGUUCAGAUCUCCAGCUUGUGCUGCCUCUGAAGGACAAAAGAAAACCAAGAAUCUUAAAAUCUUGUAGUUUGUAUACAACAAAGUACCAGCAGUGGGUGAGGUCCAUGGGGACUAUUUUGUAGAGUAGAUUGCUCCCAACUGCAAGUGAAAUAGAAGCAAUUUCACUACAGUGCAUUCCCAUUGUGUGUUUCUAAAAUGUUUUAUGCCUGGAAGACAUGAAUCUUAAUGUCACAAUUUCACCUGUAACAAUUCUCCUGAGUCCUACCUGGUAGGGACUAACCUCUAACAGCUGUUGCUCAUAGAGCAUCAGCAGCUACUUGGGGCAGGCCUGUGUAGAAGGAGAGACUCUGAGCCAUGUGUGGAUGAAAGGUGAUGGCUAUAUGCACUCAUUGAAGUCAGCUGGUACUACAAGCACUGACAAAGCACUUCUCAGAGCCUGCUUCAGUGGUGGGAGAGCUGUAGGAAUAUUCACAAGCCUCUUCCUGAUAGAAGGACCUAACUGUUGGAUGGCCUAGGCAGAUGAGCUGUUUUCAUGUGGAUGGAGCUGAAGAGAGAGGCAGGUGUGAGCUGGGGCCUGGCAGCCCAGGCACAUUAAGCUGCAGUGGCAUGGCCUCGCUGGAGAGAAGGCAGCGGCCGAGGAGGCAGCGUCGGGUGGGGCGAUAUGCAGAGGGCCUGGGCGGAGAUGCUCUGGAAAUGAUGGAUUCUGUUAAAAGCUUGGACUGUGUAGAAAGGCUGGCACGUAAAUACAUGCAGAAGUGCGUGGUGGAGUCAAGCACGGAGUCAGAGUCUGAAUCCAGCGUGGAGGUCUUGCAUAACCCACUUGCUGAAGGACUCAGGGAAGCAAGAGACUCCAAGGGACUGCAAUUCUUAGAUCCUUACGAUGGUGAUUCAGAAGACACAUCCACUCACUCUGAUUGUAGCUUGAGUUCUCUAAACAGUAUAGAAGUUGCACCGUGGAUGAGCAGUGCUCCAAAAGCAAUGGCUUUGGAGGAUGCUGAUCCUUCAGGGAAUGGAGAGUCCUUCCCUCAACCUCUGGACUGGCUCUGCUCAAAAACUAAAAUCAGUGAUGUUCACAGCCAGAGAGUAAAUGAUGGUAAAUCUCCCCUCAAACUUCCUAGCCAGCAGACGGAUUUCUCAAGAAGCCUGCUGCAAUCCUCUAAGCUGAGGAGAGACACAGAAGCACUUUCCUCCACGUGGCUGCCUGACCCUUCCUUACUGGUGGGUGUUAAUCCUUCAGCCCCUGCUCAUCUCCUUGCAAGUGCAGGUGAUAGUUCUCCACAACCCCUGCUAGCAGAUGACUGUGAUGGUACCACUUCCAGACAACCACUUAUUAAAAGAAAAGGGAUCAGCAUUUCAGAGAGCGCUGGUGAAAAACUAAGAAGAAAGAAAAUCCGGGCCAUUUGAUUUAAGGUAUGAAUUAAGUAGUUGGAUGAAGUGUUUCAUUCUAGAAGUCAACCAGUUUCUUUUCCAGACAGCACCUGAACAAGCUUCAGAUGAUGAUACAAAAUGCACUGUGUGCUGCAGGCACUGAGAUCCAUCUUAAAAAGGAUGGAACCAACUAAACAAGCUUCUGUGGCAAUGUAAAUGAGAAUUAGAUGAUGAGCUUUUGCCAGACUCAGCUGAGAUUGAUGCCUGUGUGCUACUUCAGUGUCUGUGCACCAGAUUCCUGUGUGCUGUGUCUGGAAACAUCUGUUCAGCUUUGGAAGUAUUACAAGGGUAUGUUGAGGAAGGAAGGAAGAAUGGCUGAAUUGCAAUUGAUUUUACAUAGCUAUUGCUCUUCAUUUUUCCCAUCUGCUGUAUGAUAGGAGGGAAGUAGCUGUAUGGUGAAUGAGCCUCCAGGUUUGGCUAUGCACUGUAUUGCACUGAGCUGAAUUGUGUGUAUCUGAAAGCAUUUUUUUUUUCCUUUUAUCACAGCAAAGUUGAUUUAUGCUGUUAACAUACUUGUCCCUACCUCUCUGAAUAUUGCUUUAGGUAUAUAUUGUAUAUAUUGUCAGUAUGCCUGCCAGUUUAGAACUUACAGUGCAAAGCUGAACCCAUUAACUGGAAGUAAUCUUCCUUGGCAAGAACCAUGACUUAUAUUGCUGCAGAAGUGCUGGAUGCAGAUGGGAGGUCAGGCAGCAAGAAUUCUCUGAUUUCUCUCCUUGAUGAUAACCUUUCUGUAUUUUCCUUUCCAUAUAAAUGGACUAUAUCCACAGAAGUGUAAUUGUCUGAAAUAUGUUGGUACCAACUAGCUGUGAAAGCAUUC